AUGACUGGCCGCAAGAAGACUCCCGUCAUCAUCGACACCGACCCCGGCGUGGAUGAUACUGUUGCCAUCCUUAUGGCACUGGCCUCGCCAGAAAUCGAGAUCUUGGCUUAUGUCGUUACCUUUGGUAAUACUGACCUCGAGGCUUCCUAUCACAACAUCUUCAAGAUAUACCAAGCUGUUGGCCGCGAGAUCGAGCAUGACCCUGCAGCGGCCGCCAGGUUCCCAAACUAUACCCAAGCCGUCAAGCCCAUCAUCGUCAAGGGACCUGAAGGACCGCUCAGCGGCGACCAACAUAGUGCGAAGUAUUUCCAUGGACGCGACGGGCUCGGAAAUGCGUAUGAGCACCACCCCGACCUCGACGUGCCCGCAAGUGUACUCGAGGCGGACGAUAAUCCGCAUCUUCAGAUAACCCGCAAGCCCGCAUACGAGGUAGCGCUGGACCUCUUACGGGAUCACGACUACAGAGAGAUCACCUAUAUCGUCCUUGGACCCAUGACCAACCUCGCGCUCAUGAUGCGCGCGGACGCGGAACUCGUACAGAAACGCAUUGGGCGGGUUGUCGUCAUGGGCGGCGCCCUUGACGUUCCCGGAAACGCAACCCCCGUCGCCGAAUUCAACUGGUACGCGGACCCGUAUGCCGUUCACGAGCUUCUUACGCCCUCCGCGGACGCUGCGCACUCGGGUCUACCGAUAUCCCGCACCCUGAUCUUGCCACUGGACAUCACAACACCUCACGAGAUACCCUUCCCUGCAUACGCUGAGCAUAUCGAUCCGACUUUCGCGCCAGAUGAACCAUCCAAACCGGAAGGCAAGGCGCCUUUACGUCACUUCGCCAGCGCAUUUCUACGUCGUACGCGCGAAGUCAUGAAGAGCUUUGGCAAGGAUGCCAUGGAGCUUCACGAUAUCACUGCGGUUUGGGCAGCGGCACAAUGUCCGCCGACAGAGACGGACGCCGUCAUGGGUCUCGCCGACGGCUGGAGCGUCUACUGGCGAACGUUCGCAAUUGAGCGUACUGGAGAGUAUACGCGUGGGAUGUGUGUUGUGGACCGUCGCGAUGAGGCGAUGGCGUAUGCAUCAGGCAAGAACCGCGCGAAGUUGCAGGAAGCGCUGAUCGACGCGGAUACGAAGCACGGCGAGCUCGAGUCCGUCGCAGAACCUGCGCCCGUUAUGGGCGAAGAUACUCCGGAAGAGCUGCCUGAAGGCUACGAAGGCGUCCCAAUCGUCGCGCGCACCCCCGGUCCGCAGGUCCUUUUACAGAUCCUAUUUUCGCGAGUCUGGGGCGUCGAAAUCUGA